ACUAGCUACUCAUAAUGGCCUCUCCUCAGUGCUCCAAAAGGUUAACAAAAGAAUACAAGAAAAUCGUGGAAAACCCAGUUGAUUUAAUCCAAACUCAUCCAUCUGAAUCAAAUAUAUUGGACUGGCAUUUCAUCAUUACAGGUCCUCCAGGUUUCAGCUUUUGAAGGUGGUGAAUAUCAUGGUUCUUUGAAUUUCCCUCCACAAUACCCUUUCAAACCUCCAGGGAUUCGUGUUUUCACUCCAAAUGGUCGUUUUGUACCUAAUCAAAAAAUUUGUCUAAGUAUGAGUGAUUUCCAUCCAGAAAGUUGGAAUCCUGCUUGGAGUGUUUCUACAAUUUUGACUGCCUUGGUUAGUUUUAUGACUGGUAAUGAACCUGCUACUGGUUGUUGUACCACUACUCCUUUAGUGAGACAAAAUUAUGCUAAAUCUAGUCAUGGGUUUAAUUUGAAUAAUCCUGUUUUCAGAAGAGAGUUUCCAGAUUUAUCAAAAGAUAAAGAUAAAGCUACAAAUGAAUUAUUGGCUAGAAAUGCAAAGGCGAUGGAAGAAUUUAAUAAACUAGUGGGAAAUACACCAAAACGGAAACAAACAGUUCCAGAGAAACCUAAGACAAAUGAAGUUGUUGAAGUUAUUGAUGAUGAUGACGAUGAAGUUGUUGUUCUGGAUGACCAAUCAAAUGAUCCAAUUGUCAUUGAUUGAUUUUACUACCUUUUUGAUUUAUGGGAAAUACUAUUUUGAUUAUUUGGCGUUUUUAUAUAAUGGAUAUGAAAAAUUUUGGGUUAUUUUUACUUUGUAGAAAUUGAUUAUUUACAAUCAUUUGAUAAAUUCUAUAUACAGUAUAAA